CUCUAAUAAUCCCCCAGGCUCUAUUAAUCCCCCACCCUAGAGAUGGGUUGAAACAAUAAUCCCCCUGGGGGAUUACUAGAGCAAAUACGGUAUGUAGGCGCAUCUCGGUGUUUUUUAUUUGUAGAGCUUUGUUUCCCCCACAUUUAUGGUUUUCGGAGUCUAUGGGGCUAUCACUUAAAUCCAUUUUUGCAACCAGUGAUCUUUUGGAAUCGCUGGUCAUUUAUCACAGCUAGAAGGACUACCAGGUCCUGGCUAUCCAUUAAAAGCUAUCUGUUAUUUACAAAAAUAUUUUAAAUUUUUUAGAAAAUAUUUUUGAUUAAAAAUUAUUUUUUCCUAUGACUUCAAAUUUGUCAUUUGCAAUUGAUUUAGAACAGUUGGAAAAAGAAAUUCAACAAAGCGAACAAUUAGAAGGAAACAAACAAUUAAAAUCUACAGACUUGAGUGGAAAUAUUGGUGGGAGAAAUGAUUCGAAAAAAGUUUUGGGAAACACUGUUCAGUUUGAUUGCGAGUUUGAUACUUUAGAUGAAAGCAUUAAAGACACUUUGAAUCGAGACUUGAAAAUCCUUUAUGAAAAAUUUUCGCAAGUUUUAUUUCCUCAGAAGAAUGAAAUGAAUGUACUUGCUGAUUGGGAUCUUUGGGGUCCUCUAUUUAUUUGUGUGCUUCUUUCACUUUUAUUGCAAGGAGCUGAGAAGGGAGCACAAUUUACCCAAAUAUUUUCUUUGGCAUUUUUUGGUUCUCUUGUGGUUACGCUUAAUGCUAAAUUGCUUGGAGGAAAAAUGUAAAUUUCUCACAAAAAUCCGUUAAUUUUGUCUGUUAUACCGGAGAGGGAGUAGGUUGCUAACCCCUCGAUUUAAGUAGACUUCAUAAGCGGGCCGCGCCGAAAUGCCAACCAUUUGAAAUGACGUCACAACACCUCCAAUUUAAGAUACCUCCAAUUAUAGAAAAUAAUAUAGCUUGCGGACAAAAUUUACGGACUUUUUGGGAACAUAAAA